AUGCAUUCAAGUGUUCAACAAUCAUCAAUUAUUAAGAGAAGCACAUUUUUAAAUUAAUCAUAAGCAUUUACGAUAACUAGUCGUAAUAGUUCUGCAAUUAAAGAUAAUGAUGAUAAAAAAGAAUUAAGAAGGUAACUUAUAAUUUUUAAUUAAUAAGAUAUCCAACAGAAUGGGUAGAAUAGAUAGACAAUAAAUCAGAUAAUAGGUAUCAUCACAUAAUCUUGAAUAAAAGCAAGGAAGAUCAUAAUUCCAAUUUGGCAUCACCCAGUAAAAUCUUUGAAAAUUAAGAUGGGUAAUUAAUUUAAUUGAUUAUAAGAAAUAACCCAAGUAGAUUUCACACUUAAAAUAAUGAUAUGUUAUCAGCAUUUAGAAGAAAAAACUAAUCUCUUGGAAAUUUGGGAAGUUGGUAAUUUUAAUCCCCUUCUACAUAAUCUACUGUAAAAGAUAAUAGAUAAACCAUAACUCAUUCAUUUUCAAAAAGACUUGAUUUAGCCAUUCCAUUAUCUGAGUUAUUAGAGAUAUCAAGACUAUUAGAUUGUUCAAAACCAGAUGAGAUAAAAUAAUUAUCAAGAGGCUAUGUAAAUGAGCUAUUUUAAAUGUCAUAAAAAAUUGAAAGAUCACUUAAGAAUAUCAAUAGAUGA